CUAGAAUUAUUUAACAAUUUAACAUUAUAUAGACAUCACUUGUAAGACGCCAUGUUUUAAAAAAUAUUAAAAACAAAUAUUUUUUUCUAGAAGAAAAACAGUGUUAAUAUAUUUUAUUGAAAACCUCGACAUAAAGUUUUCAAAAUGGGAAGACGUAAAUCAAAGAGAAAGCCACCGCCAAAACGUAAAAAUAUUGAACCUUUAGAUCAACAGUUUAAUUGCCCUUUCUGUAAUCACGAAAAGUCCUGUGAAGUUAAAAUGGAUAAAGGUCACAAUGCGGCGCGUAUAAGUUGUCGUGUUUGCCUCGAGGAUUAUCAAACAACAAUUAAUUUCCUAUCGGAACCUUUAGACGUUUACAAUGAUUGGGUGGACGCUUGUGAAACAGCUAAUUAAACUAAGACAUGUUCUCUUACUGUAAGAUAAUUUCAUUUCCAUUAAAUAUAACAUAUUAGUUAAAUACAAAGCUCAUAUAAAAUGUAUUUAAGUAAAAACUUGAUGUCGCAAUUAAAAUAAAACACGGUACCCGGACAAAGGCAAGAGUUUGCUAAUUAAAUUAA